AUCUGCCGACACGUGUCCGUCUCUAUUAUUUGGCCCAGAUUGGGAAACCCAUCCCAGAGCCUUGGUACUCCUUCCCUUCCUUCUUCCCGCUUCUCAUUUCCCUCUUUCUCUCUCAAACCCCCCGAAACCCUCGCCGAUCAUCAGUUUGAGGAUUAUGGAUGGCUGGACUGUAGUCAAGCAGGGAUAGGGUUCAUUUGAACUCCUUGAGUUGUGAUGGUUUAUAGGUGUGAGAAAAUGUAGAUGAUUCUCAAUUCUAGAUCAGCAAUGGAGAGGAACAAAGGGGAGGCAAUCAGAGCAAUGCAACUUUCCGAGAUGAAGAUUCAAGAGAAUGAUUUUGCAGGAGCAAGGGACAUGGCACGGACAGCACACCAACUCUUCCCUGAGGAUGAAAACAUAUCUAAAUUACUUGCACUUUCUGAAGUCUACUAUUCAAUUUUUGAAUCUGGUGAAAGCUGCUGCGAGACUAGAGAUACAGGUAGAGAUGAUUUUGAGCAAUUUGUUGAAAAGGCCAGUAGUCCUUCUGGAACUCUAACUGAAGACGACGACGAUAGUGAGGAGGGUGAUGAUGAUAGUGAUGAUGAUAGUGAUGAUGAUUAUGAUUAUGAUGAUGAAGAUGAGGCCGAUGACGAAGAUGAUGAUUAUGAUAGCAAUAAUGAGUAUGAUGAUCAAGAUGAUCAUGAUGAUGGUGGUGAUGAUGAUUUUGUGAUUGCUCCCAAAAGGUUAAGGGAGAGACAGUUGAAGAGUUAUACUGAGAAGAAGGAGAAGAAUGCAGUGGAUAAUGGGGCCACUAAAAGUACCGUGAAUCGUCCAAAAAGGUUGAGGCACAGCCAAGUCCUCGGUGUUAUUAACAGAAUUCAUGACACGUUAAAGGAUCAUGAUUCAAUGAGUUCCAUGAAAAGCUCCUCCAACCCUCCGUCUACAUCAGCUGCUCAGUUCUAUGACUUUAAUGCACAGAAGUCUGAGGAGAAGAUUAAGGCUGGUCAAAUAUGGGCACUGUAUAGUCAUGGUAAUGGAAUGCCCAAGACUUAUGCUCAAGUUAAGAGGAUUAAUGUCAGGCCAAACAGAAGAGUUCAAAGGACUGUGCCAUUGGGAAACUUUUAUUUGCGGAUGGGAUUGCUUGAACCUUUCUCGGAAACCAAGAACACGGUUGAGCCGGUUUGUUGUGGGACAUUUAAAGUCAAACGAGCACCACCUACACUGUUCUCUGUCGCCUCAUUAUCUCACUGUAUAAAACCUAAACUUUUGGGCCAGAAUAUAUUUGAAAUAAAACCUAGGAGAGGUGAAGUUUGGUCGCUAUACAAGGAGCAUAAUCCACUGUUGACCUAUCCUAAUAUGGGGAAGGGUGAAUGUCUAGUGGUCGAAGUGCUGGAAGUUGAGCACCAGAGUACAAAGAUUGUGGUGCUGGAACAGGUUAAUGAAUUUAAGUCGGUAUUCAAGGUUCCAACAGUGCAGAGCACUGAAACUGGUAUCAUUGGUAUACCUCAAGAUGAGUUGGGUAGAUUCUCUCACCAGAUUUCUGCUUUUAAGCAUACCAAGGUGAGUAACAGUCGACUUGCAGGGUGUUGGGAGCUUGAUCCAUUAUCAGUUUCUGGUUAUGAGAAAGAUGGUCUUCCAAAAUAUCUUUUCAAUUGUGAUCCAACUGCUGUGCUGAACAAUCCUGACUACUCCUGUGACCUUGGUGAUUUGGAAAUGGAUAUAUCAAGCAUGAAUUCUGACACUCACAGUUUGUCUGGUGAGUUGCUUGAAGAUGACGCUAAACUUGUAAUGGGUUCUGCGAGCAUGCAAGCAGGUGUGAAACAAGACACUCCUUUUUCUGAAAGAGAGACUUCUGAGAAAGUUGAAUCACGGGAUUGUCACUUCUCUUUCUUUGGUAAAGAUUUGGCGGAUUCUGUUAAGCUAGAAGCAAGUCAUGUGUUAAUGUUGUAGACAAUGGCUUGCAUACCACAAAAGAUGGCAACCAAACCUCCCAAAAGGAAGCUACUGCAUUGUUAUGCUGAUUCUCGUUGUGAGCAUCAACUCAUCUAAGACUGAUAUGUAUUAUGAAGAUAACUUUAGAAACUGUUGUAGUUGCCUGAGGCUGUACAUAUUUGGCGGUAGAUAGCGGUAAAUGUGAUAUGAAAAAGUUGGAUUUUAGAAGCCAACCUUAAACUCUUUAUAUCAAGGAAACUCAUAGUUGUCUUCUG